AGACAUCAUUGACUGUGGGCAAAAAAAGGGAAAAAAAGAAAAUCCAAAAAAACAGAAAACAGAGCAGCUCGUCGCUCACAGGUUUAACAUGCUGACACCCAGCCCCACAGGCACUCUUCCCCAUCAAUCUCACCUCCUUUUCUUCUUCUAAACCAAAAACCACACUCCACAACUCACGGCGGUGCUGAUGUUAGAUCCCGGCAAUGACUUCCUCCCCCCACCAAUCUCCCCCAGCAUCUCCUCCCCCUCUUCCUCCGAUCUCGACACCGAGUCCACCGGCUCUUUCUUCCCCGACCGCAGCACCUCUCUCGGCACUCUGAUGGGCGUCUCCGCCUUCCCUCCCAUCAUCUUCUCCACCCCUUCUCACCGCCGGAACGCCGCGCCGCCGGAGAACAACCCCGGCAAGUCGAAGAAGAGGAAUACGAAAGCGGCUGUGGAGAGCCUCCUCAGGCGCCGGAGGAGCUGGUGGGGCCGCCUGUGCAGUGACCAGGAGCUCAGGCCGUCGAAGCUCGGCGAGUUUCUCGAGGUCGAGCGGCGGUUCGGCGACGGCGCGAUUUUUUCGGUGGAUGGGGUGGGGAUGGAGGUGGGAGGCUAUGAUCAGGGGAUUAAUGCCAAUGGGAGGGUUUUGUUUGCGGAUGGGAGGGUGUUGCCGCCGGCUACGACGGCAGGAGAGGAGUGUUCGCCGGCGGCAAACGGUGGCGGUGGGUUGUGUAGAUUCUCGGUUUCUUUGCCGGGGAUUUGUAGUUAGAGCAGAGGAUAGGAUAAGGAAGGAAAAUAAUGGAUAUUUUUAGUUGUGUUGUCGAUAAUUUAAUUAUUAUUCACUUGUAUAAAAUAUUCUGAUUUAGAUUAAUAAAGGGCUUCUUCUGCUUCCUGA